AUGCCGCCUCCGCCAAACUUGUCCCACCACAUCCUCCCGGAACCCGAGUCCCGCCGCAUCUUCACCUCCCAAAUCCUCCCCGCCGACCUCCCGCCCUCCCUGACCCCGCACCCCACCCGGGGCCGGCCCUUGGCGGUGCUCAUCGUCGGCCAAACCGGCGCCGGCAAAACCCGCACCGCCCCCGCCGUCCUCUCCGCCAUGAACCGCAUCAACCCGCCCGCGCACUUCAUCGCAGACGUCUACAAGGCCCACCACCCGUCCUACCGCGCCCUGCUGUCCUCCGAGAACCCCGCCCACGCGUCGCCCGCCACCGGCCCCGACGCGCGGAAGUGGCUCGCCAUGGCCGCGGCGGAGGCCAUCUCCCGCCGGCUCGACGUGUUGCUCGAGAGCGCCUGUCGGCAUCCGGACGACUUUCGGGAGUUGGCGCGGAUGUUCGCGGAGGCGGGGUACCGGGUGGAGGUCGUGGUGAUGGCGGUCCCGGCUGCGCUGAGCAGGCUGGGCAUCUUGCACCGGUUCUACGAGAAGUUGCCUGAGGCGGGCAGCGGGAACCUGCCGAUUCGGCUUACGCCGGUGAAGAUCCAUGACGAUUCGUACCGAGGGCUGAUGAGCGUGGCGGAGUGGAUCGACGGGGAGGACUGCGUUGACCGGGUGCUGGUGGUGAGGCGGAAUAACAUGGUCACCUUUUCGGAUGAGAGGGGUGAAGGCGGCAAGCUGUUGGGCAAGGUUGCUGAAGCGCUCCUCACGGAGAGGAGGAGGCCUUUGACUACGGAAGAGAAGGGGGUCGCAGAGGCUGAUUUGAAGAAUAUGGAAUGCCGCGAUAAGAACUUGGCAGAGGAGAUCAAAAAUAUGAUAAUGCCGCUGAUGAAGAGGGAAGAACAGGGCUAUCCAGAACUGCUACCAAUGGCAUUCCCACCCAACAAACAUAGAAAGGCUAUGCUUACGCUAGGCGAGGCUUGA